UAUUAAUUGACAAUAAUCUAUUGCAAAUUCAUCACUAUCCUCACUCUCCCACCAUGUUAAGCCUCUGGCAAUCCGUGACCGGCACCGGGCAAGCCGCCGGUGACUACGACGGCGUGGAGUUCUGGUCAAGUCCCGAACGCGCCGGCUGGCUCACAAAACAAGGCGAGUACAUCAAAACCUGGCGUCGCCGUUGGUUCAUACUCAAACAAGGCAAGCUCUUCUGGUUCAAAGACUCCGUCGUCACUCGUGGCUCCGUGCCACGUGGCGUUAUUCCGGUUGCGACGUGUCUCACCGUCAAAGGCGCGGAGGAUGUGAUUCACAAAGAGUUCGCUUUUCAGCUGUCGACUAAAUCGGAGACUAUGUAUUUUAUCGCUGACUCGGAUAAGGAGAAGGAGGAUUGGAUUAGUUCAGUGGGACGCUCAAUUGUUCAGCAUUCUAGAUCUGUUGUUGAUUAUGAUAAUGAUCAUAAUUAAUUCCAGCUUUCGCCUUUUCGCAAUUAGGUAUACUGAUUUCUGUUGUUUUUUUCUUUGUGUUGUGUGUAUGAAAUUGUUGUAUGUUGUGGAUUUUAAAUUGGAAAUGCUUAUACCAAAUUAUGUUAUAUGAUGAAUUUGUAUAUUGAUGUA